GCUGACGUGGCAUUGUGGGGAAGACUGACAUUGAUUGUUUGUGUUGUCAGUACUUACCUGAUGUCUGGCUGUGCGUGCACACGUACCUGUGAAUGCUAACGAUCUUGGCCUGCUCGAUUACCUGGAAGAGGAGUCAUCACACGAAUAGGAGAGAAAAAAAAAUUAAAACAGCUUAUAGAAAAGACAUCAAUCAAGAGAAUAAUUAAUUAUUUUUAUUUAUUUAUUUUCUUGUGAAUCCUCUGCUGUACCGACGAUCGAGUGGUUGUCCAACCAUUAGAUAAUAUUGUCUGUUUCAUUUUUAUUUGAGAAAGGAUUGGCCUGCUAGGUUUCCUGUUGAUGUUGAUCAUGGCACCGAUUGUUGAGCACAUGCGUCAGUCUAUUCUGACCCGGUGGGUGCCUCGUCUGUUUGGACCUGGGCAAGUGCCUUAUGCGGUGGGAGCAAGUAGCUCCUCGAUUGAGCCGCGUACACGUGCCCAGAUCGAGGCACGAAGAAGUGAACUGGGAGAGCUCCUCUCCCAACUGCUGGUGGAUAUGGAGUUUGUUGUCCCUGCUGCAAGAGAACACAUCCGGGGUAAAUUUGACCUUGAUGCGAUAUCUGAUCGUUUGGCCAAAGCUAUCAUGGGUGUGGAGAUGAUAGCAGCAGCGACUGAAAUCCAGAAGGUUAUUGGCCAGUGUUGUCAGAUACUGGACCAAUUUACCAUCCAGCAGUUGGAAGAAAUAGCUCAGCGAAAGGAUGGUGCGCCAGAAGUGAAAGUGGAAAGCAUUGAAGAGAACAUCCAACAGUUGAAAGAGACACUCGCAAAAGAAGAGAAAAAGCGAGAAGAACUGUUGCAAAAGAAAGAACAGGAAACUAGACUACAGCAGAGAAUGGGUAGAGUACAGCAGUACGUUUCCUUAGAUGAAAAAGAUGUUGCUCAGACGCUCGGACAAAUAUUGACGUAUUUGGCUUUUCUUGAAGAAAAAUUGGACCAACAGCAAUCCAGAAUGGAUGAACUUGCUGUUGGCCUUCAUGUCAUUACUAGCAUUGUCAAGGGAAAAGCCCCUGUGCUUGAAAAUGAUGAAGAGAAAGAAGAUAAAGAAAGAAAAGCGAACGUCAAGCCCGAGAAGUUGCUUCUUGGUGGAAUGAAAAACGGCGACACAACGAAGAAGGAAACGGUAAAAGAAACCGAGAAGAAACCUGAUGGGAAUGGCAAUGGAGAUGGGAAUGGGAACGGGAAUGGCAAUGGGAAUGGUGGUCCCUUCGGUCCCACUCCCUCUCCCAAGGACAAUGCCAAACUUGCAGAUCCGACUAAGCCAAAGAAAAAGGAAAAGGUGAAGAUGAAAUUGCCUUUUACUUUUUCUAAUAAGAAAGAAGAAAGCCUUCCACUCUGGAUCGCAGAGAUCCAGACAUAUGUUGGGACCACACCGGUAGAAGAAGAGUCGCAAGUUGCGUUCACCACUUCUUGUAUGGGGGGUGAGGUGAAGCAAUGGGUUCUGGCGGAAGCAAAUGCCGCGGGGUUUGACGAUAUAGGUGAGUGGGCGAAGACUAUGACCUUGAAGCAGUUCCUUGCAAAAGUCAAGGACCGUUUCUUGGACAAGACUACGGUCGAUAAGGCCUUCGAUCAACUCACCACGAUAGGACAAAAGUCCUGGUCUUCAGUUGAGUCAUUGUCUCAUGAGGUUGACCGACUGUUGCAGGUUCCGGGUCUUAACCUGCAGGACUCUCAGGUCCUCUACAUUUACUCGCGUGCAUUGCCCGAACCGAUCCGAGGGCACUUGGUCGCCGAGGCCAAGUCCGGUAAGUAUAGUUACCGUCAGUUCCGCGACCUGGUGUUGCAGCGGGAACAAAUGACUUUGCAAGUCAAAGGUUCCUAUGCUGCUGCCGUAAAGAAUGGAGGAGGAAGCAGUCGGGGAGGCUACGGCAAGCGGAUCUUAUGGCGUCAAAAGCGCCAAGACCUCACCCUCGUCGUAUUCGACGACGAUACAAUGGAAAAAUGGCCAUUGGAGAACGAGGGUGGUGGUGACAGCAGGAGUGACCACGGAAAGGGGGAGGUCACCGCUGCGAAGGUCAACAAGGGAGGACCGUCAUCGAACACUCGACCGAAGGGAAGACAACGCUCCUCCCAUACCAUCCUGGGAUUGCGGCCGGCAGACCGUGGCUGAAGAUGGGACUAACCCGGGAGGUGUGGCAAGAUAGAAUGGAUAAUGCGCAGUGCCUCAAGUGUGGCACUGCGGUGCAUGUCAUUGCCUUUUGUC